GUUUUCUCUCCUUUCGCUUCUGGAUUUUUUUUCCCCUUGCUCCUUCUUCCUCCGGUCAUCUGGGUUUUCUUCUUCCCCCCUUCUGCUUUUCUUUAUUCUGACGGCUCCCAGGACGCCAUGACCCCUGUUGCCACUUUCGCAGCUCUCUCCGUCCCCAUUUCUUUGUAUGGAUCAUCGAAGUUCCAAGUUAGAAAGAGUUGCAAAGCAAGGAUCGGAGUGUUUGCAGUGUUCGGGGAUGAGGGUGGGGGAUUGGUGGAAAAGAAGAGUCAAUGGGGGGCUCUAUUCGAAGUGGAGGAUCCGAGGUCUAAGAUGCCACAAUGUAAAGGCAAGUUCUUGGAUGCCAACCAAGCACUUGAAGUAGCUAGAUUCGACAUUCAGUAUUGUGAUUGGCGAGCUCGUCAGGAUCUGCUUACGAUCAUGCUACUUCACGAGAAGGUUGUGGAAGUUUUGAAUCCCUUAGCACGAGAAUAUAAAUCAAUUGGCACCAUGAAGAAGGAGCUAGCUGAGUUGCAAGAAGACUUAACCCAAGCUCACAGACAGGUACAUAUAUCUGAAGCAAGGGUAGCUACUGCUUUAGAUAAACUAGCGUACAUGGAAGAGUUGGUGAAUGACAAGCUGUUACAAGAUAGAAGCAUUACAGUAGGAACUGACCAAGCGUCUCCUUCUACUUCGGCUGCCACUCCACCCGCCAAUAUCGUGAAAAGAAAACCACCCAGGAAAAGUUUCAAUGUCUCAGGUCCUGUCCAGCCAUACCAUCCUCAUCUAAAGAACUUCUGGUACCCAGUUGCUUUCUCCACCGACUUGAAGGAUGACACAAUGAUUCCAUUUGAUUGCUUUGAGAAACCUUGGGUUGUUUUCCGCGGGAAAGAUGGCAGACCAGGAUGUGUCCAGAACACAUGUGCACAUCGAGCAUGUCCGCUUGACCUAGGUUCGGUGAACGAGGGUAGAAUUCAGUGUCCUUACCAUGGAUGGGAGUACUCAACUGAUGGAACGUGUGAGAAGAUGCCGUCUACUAGACUAGUGAAUGUGAAGUUAAAGUCACUGCCAUGUUUUGAGCAAGAAGGCAUGAUCUGGGUUUGGCCUGGUACCGACCCUCCAGCCCCUAAUCUUCCUUCCUUGAAACCUCCACCAGGUUUCCAAAUUCAUGCCGAGAUAGUCAUGGAACUUCCAGUGGAACAUGGGCUACUUCUUGACAACCUUUUGGAUCUCGCGCACGCACCUUUUACUCACACAUCUACUUUCGCCAAGGGUUGGAGUGUUCCCAGUGAAGAAAGCACUGGAAUCGAUUUUGCUUCAACCUCACCUUCUAUUCUUGUGUUGUUGUCGAAAAUUUUCAGCCUGGUGAAGUUCCUGACACCGGCAUCUGGGCUACAAGGAUACUGGGACCCUUACCCUAUCGACAUGGAAUUUCGACCGCCUUGCAUGGUGCUGUCCACCAUCGGAAUCUCCAAACCUGGAAAACUGGAGGGCCAAAGUACUAGGGAAUGUGCCACUCACCUUCACCAGCUCCAUGUCUGCUUACCUUCGACUAGAGGAAAGACGAGACUACUCUACAGAAUGUCCCUCGACUUCGCUCCUCUGCUAAAGCACGUCCCAUUCAUGCAACAUUUAUGGAGACAUUUCGCUGAGCAGGUUCUGAACGAGGAUUUGCGGCUUGUGCUAGGGCAGCAGGAGAGAAUGAACAAUGGUGCUGAUGUCUGGAAUUUCCCGGUCUCAUAUGAUAAGCUAGGAGUAAGAUACAGGCUAUGGAGAGAUGCGGUCAACCGAGGUGAAAAGCGAUUACCCUUCAGCAAAUCAACAUAAAGAAGAGUCGUCUUAAAACCCUGGGAAGAUGGUUUCACUAUCUUGGGAUUUUUGGCUUCCCUUUAUGACCUUUUUUCUGGAGCUGUUUCCCUCGUCCAACGAAGCACAAAUAACGAUUGGCAAGGCUCGCGUAAUGAUCGACAAUGUGCAAGAAUGCAGUCCAGUUUUUGACGUGUUGAUGAAGCUAGGCCCAAGUUGGAAUUCAUUGCGACAGCAGAGAAUGGAUGAACAGAUGUAAACUGUUUCAGGGUUCUGUGAGCAUCCAACUGUACACUACGAUGGCUGAUUUUUGUGUACAGUCCUUUUUUUUUACAUUUUUGGUUUUAGGGGUUUCAAGAAAUGGAGAGGAACAUCUCGUUGUAUUUAUCAUCAUACUAACAUCGAUUUACCAAUGCAAAGGGUACAUUUUGUUCUUCCUAGAAUCCCAUGAACUCCAAAAACUCUUCAGAAAUCGCUCAACUGAAAGCUCCCAAAACAGAGAAAAGAAAACUCAUCGAAACGUAUACACACGAGAACGGAAAAUAAGUUUCUGCAAAUUCUGUCAAUUAUUACAAACACGGAGAGGAAAGGGAAAACGUAUCACAGAGAAGAGCCACAGAAAGGACAGAACUUGAACUCGGGCUCGAGGACCCGGUCACAGAAUCGGCACCUCGGACUGUCCGCGAUCAGUUGCGACGGCGGCGGCGGAGGAGGAGAAUAGGAGCUGGGGAAGAAGAGAUUGCAGUCGUUGCAGUGCAUAAGAGGCUGCUUGCCGGGCCACCGCCAGACGGGGACGAAGAAGAGCUUGAGGACCUUGUCGUAUUCGACGAGAUCUACGGCGGGGGAGGCGCAGCUGAUGCACCUGCCGGCGCCUUGUUUCAGGACCCGCCGGACUUGCUGAUUGACGCCUCCGGCGAAGAAGAAGAACAUGAUUCUUUGUAAUUGAUGGUUUUUGGAAUUUGGAUGCGGCGGGGGAGGAUUUCGCGGUGGAAGCUCGAUUGGAGUGGGGAAGGGAGUGUCCAACAGAGUAUUAAACUAUGCCCGCUAUUAGCUGCUGGAGGCUUCUGGCCUUCUGG